CUACAUCGAGUAAGCAUAUUAUCAUUGCACGCAUACGGCGAAGCGAUUGUCUCGUUUUGAUGUCCAGAUGGAAGCGAUUUUUAACUCAAAAGUCAAAUCAAUGAUGAUAACUUGUUGAAAAAUAAACUGGGAAAGAAAUCAGCAGUAUGUCGGUGGGACAGACGAUGCGAGCGCCUAGGGUGCAGCAGACAAGAACUCACGAUUAUCUUUACGACAAUGUGCACACACUAUCUAGCGAGAAGGACCAUGCCCGACACAUGUUCAAGGCCCACACCAGUGUGGACAGGGUUAAAAGGGUUCCCCUGUACAACACGAUGUUCAGUGCCCUGCGUCACCACCCACGGUUCCAAAUGCGUCUGGAGACCACAGACCCCGUGCCGCGAUUCAUCUCGCGUCAGUGGCGUGGCUACUCAACUCAAGCCAGAGAAGCCAUGGUUCGAUACAAGACGUUUAACUACGCCCCAGAUGUCAAGCUUCCUGCCGUCCAGUUUGCCAAGCACGAUGUCGGGGGCCAGGACCGAUACAAGUUCUUCCGUCGUCCCAUCAUCCCGUUCUUGCAGCAAGUGCCACCGGAGGUGGUCCUGCACACCUCAAAGCUGGACCCCUUUAGCCAGCAGGAACAAGUCAUGAUGGAACGGUCCCCAACACCCCUGACUAGAACAGUGGACGUGCAGACGGAUUACCGGGAGAGUGAAACACAGACAGAUCCGUAUACGCCUGAAUAUGUGGUCCGGCCAGGCUCACAGCCAGAACUACUGACGUUGGCCACUCUGUCAUAUGGUCACGGUCUACCCGCCGGUCUUGCCGAGGUUGAGAUGAUUGAGAGAGCCAGAGCCAAGAGAGCCUGGGAGGCGACCCUGCCGUCUCUGAACGACGUGUCUCAGCUGGAGAAGAGGAAACGCAUGAUGGAUGAGAUGGAGAGGAAAGAAUGGAGCCUCAGAGAACAAGAAAUUGAAAAGCUUCAGGAGGCGAGGCUGGAUCUACUGACCAAGAUCCUGCGAGAGAGAGAGGAGAAUCACGUAGAGCUGAACAGCAAGAGGCUGGAUAAACUCUGGAGCAAGAAGCAAAAGGAACGGGAGAGGAAGGUCAACUGGAUACGCAAGGAACACAUCAAAUCGAUUCGGAAGUUGACGCUGAAACGCAGUCGGGUAGAAGGGAACCUGGAGCGACGUGACAUCACGCAGCAGUACUCCAAGUACGACUCGGAGGUGUACGGUCCACGAACCAGGCAUGGCGUCUUCCUGGAUAAGGGAUCUGAGCAGUUUGUGGUCAAGAGUAGAUAUCUGGAUACUUACCAAGGUUUGCUCGAGUUGGAGCAUUCUCUGCCAGACUUUGUGACCCAGCCCAGGGUGGUGGCUCCCAGACCCAAGUCACAGGGCAAGACAGGCUUCAUCAAACGAGCCCAGAGGAGACAGAACGAACUGGAUGAAAUCUACAAAGGAAUCAAAGAUGUGAAGACCAAAGGCAAGGAGGCCCCCAAACCGCUGCGAUUCCUGCAGAAGAUUGAGAAGCCGAUCCCUCGACCACCCACACCAUCCGUGGAGGUACCCAACCUGGUUGAAGAAGAGAAGGAACUGGCUAUCAUCUUCCUUCAGCAGGUCAUCCGCGGCAGGGCCAUACAGAACAUGAUGUUUGAAGGCAAGGAGAAGCGUCAGGAACUGAUCAAUGAGCUGCGCAGCACCCACGCCCUGCAGUCAGCUGAGCAACAGAUGAAGAAACAGGACAAACAAUCCACGCUGAACCUGCAGAGACAACGCAGACUGCAUGAACACAAGGAAUCCUUCAUCGACGAGGCCAUGUCCCAGCUGGAAGGCGAGUCCGUGGGCGACAUGAUGGACUUCCUCAGCAAGGAACUGAUCCGUCUGCAGGAGGAGCGACGCAUCCACGCCUACGCCAUGCUGGCUGAGAGGCAGAGACGCAUACGGGAGGCUGAGGAAUCUGGGCGGAGACAGGUGGAGGAAAGGAGGCGGCGGGAAGAAGAUGAGAUAUUCAAACAGGUUGUCAAGGUGCAUCAGAACUCAGUGGACACCUACCUGGAGGACAUCAUUCUGUCUUCCAUGGACAACACCGCCGACAAGCAGGCCAGGGAGGAGAUCCAGGUGAUGGCACAGCGCAUCAAUGAAGUAGCUUAUGACAUGGAAGACAGGAAAACGGAGUUGGAAUCGGAAGAGAUAGUGGCUGAGUUGGUCUCCACGUUUCUGCUGCCUGAAGUACAGAAAAUCACUGUCAGAGAGAAGGUGAAAAUCCAGCAGAGGAAACACCUGUUGGCGGCGCAUAAAAUAGUCCACAAAGAGACAGAGGAGGUCAUUGCUCAGCAGCCCACUCCGGUCAAAGGUCAAGGGUCACGAGGUCAGACAGUCGGGUCACCCAAGCCUGGAUCGGCCAAGGAGGGGCGAUCCACACCUACUAAGACAUCCAGGCCAGGUUCUGCCGCCAAGUCCAUCAGUCAAACCCCACCACCCACAGGCCAGGCCCCAGCCUCGCCCGCCAACUCCCGUCCCCCUAGCGGCACCCGGCGUGGCUCCCCUGCCCCUGACGGUACCAGCUCCCCCAAGCCCAGGCCUGGGAGUGCUAGGAGGAGGUCAGAUGGAUCCGCUGCUGGAUCCAGAACAGCUUCACCAAAGGUUUCUAAACUGUCACCUAGAACUUCCCCAGUGCCCCAGCAGCCGUCCACACCCCCGCCCGAGCCAGUCAAGGAAACACCGCCCUCACCUGUCCAAGAGCAACCAACCAUCCAAACAGCGCCCUCUACCGACAAAGAUGCUACCCAAGACUCAACCGAAGCAGCAGCAGCAGCAGAACCCUCCAUCGACCAGCGUCCAGUCUCAGAUGAUGUCCCGCCUGCGGAGGCUGAGGCAGUCCCUGACAGUGAGGAUCAGAGGGAGCCCUCGCUUGAAGAACCCGAGCCAGAUGCCGAGAUUCACCAAGACCCCGUCGCCGAUGAGCCUCCAGAGAAGACGGAGACCACUGAUGCAGCACCUCAGCAAGAUGCGAUCAAGGAGGACGCCCUUACCCCAGCCGUGACCCAGGACACGCCCCCUGUGCAUUCUAGCCAGUCAUCACAGUCGGAGGACCAGCAACUCCCGCCCUCUGCCCAAUCCCAAGCCCCGCCUUCCAGCCAGUCCAACAAGAGCGGCAAGCAGACCGCCGACUCGGCCACUCAGGAGGAUGCUAGUGUAACCAUAGCAACAGGACAGGUCAAAGAUGAGGAGACAACCCCAGAUGGCACAGUCUGAGGCAGGAGUUGACCUAAACAGUCUUGACACUGAGUUGGUCGUCUUCAUGUAGGAUUAAGUGUUGUUACUUGCAUUAAGUUAAUCACAAGUCCCGUCACAAGCAAAUCACUCGGCCACUCAGGAGGAUGCUAGUAUAACCAUAGCAACAGGACAAGUCAAAGAUGAGGAGACAUCCCCAGGAGAUGGCACAGUCUGAGGCAGCUAGGAGUUGUCCUAAAGAGUCUCUACACUGAGAUGGUCUUCUUCAUGCAGGAUUUAGUGUUUUUACUUGCAUUAAAUUAAUCACAAGUCCCGUCACAACCAAAUCACAAGGCUAUUCCCAAGUCCCCAUCACAAGUUAAUCACAAGGCUUUUCACAAGUAUUGGUAUUGUUUUAUUUCCAUACAUCACAAUAAAUAAUGUACAGUUAUUCACAAAAAUGCACAGGGGGUGAUGAAUGGCGGAUAUCAGGCAAAAAAAGCAAAUGCCUGUACGUGGCCUGGUUCCUUAUUUAACACAUUACAAGGUAGAAAAGAGAGAAAAAAAAUACGAAAAGUAUCCGACUGAAAGUACAGCUGAAUUCCAGAAUAACAAUUAACAGUGGAUGAACAGUCACAAAGGAAAACUUCUGUAACAGUUCCGUUGGAUAGUUUGUGACCGGACUUGGGACUGGAAGACUAUUAUUGAUUUGUUAGCACCUGUGAAGACAUGUAGGAUUAUUGCAAAUGGGUUUAUUAUGGGUUUUAGGCUUGCUAAAAAUCUGUUUUUCCCAUGAUAAUUUCAUUGAUUAUCGUGGCAAUUACACGUUACUUUUACAAACUUUUCAAGCAGUCCGUCAAAACUGUCCAAGAAUUGCUACAUCAUGUCACCAUAUGUUCAAUUUGAAUUGAAACUUGAACUGAAAUAACAUUUAACAGACAACACAGGAAAUUUAGACAAGUUCUCUCUCAUUUUCAGUAAUUUUUUUCUAAUCUUUAAAAACAAAAAUCAUCCGAGGUUAAAAUGUUUACAUUAAUUAAAGAAAAACCUCAUUGAUGGACUGGGUUUUUCUUUCAUUCUGCUGUAAAUAUGUACAUAAUUACAAUACCAAUAUUUUUUAUUGUGUAAAUCUUCCAUUAUUGCAUUGCGUAUGAGUAUUUUUUGUGUGCUUUGAAUGGUUGUUUUCUGGUCAUGAACUGAAACCAAUCGUUCAAGCAUAUGUCAUCACCUAACACCUUGAUUAACGAAGUUUAUUCCCUGUAAAAUUGGCUUGUACAAUACUAUUAUUAAUAGUAGUUUGAAUGUUUGAGUAUUGGAUAUGAAUUAUCUCUAUUCCAUUGUUUUAGGUUCAUUGUAACAGUUUGUUUGAAAUUAUAGACAAUAGAUGUUUUGUUUAAAACUAGGGUUUGCACACGGGAAUUGUCAAUUCUUGAAAUUUCUUAAUUUUGGAAAAGACAACUGCAUUGUACAUGUAUAUGAAAUUGUAUAUAAUGAACUGAAUAAAAUAAUAGAUAAAUUUGUGACAAAAAAAAUA